AAAUUCCAGUUUCCAUUGUUUUCCAGGUGGGUUUUAUAGAUUAGGUGUCGAAUCGCCCACAAUUCCAUGAGCAUGAUGAACUUGCACAAAUAGAUGCAUUUGCAGCUUGCUUUGCGUACUUGGAGGAGAAGGAAGCAAUUCAGGAAGCAAUAUCAUGGAGCUGGCAAGUCUUGUAAGAAAAGCAAGAGUAUUGAUGAAAUAAAGGAUACAUACGAAAUGACCAAACGAUUGUGGUUUUCUCACUGCAAAGUCAGCACUGGUAGAGAUUGAGGGAUGACGGCGGUUUCAUACUCACACUCUUUGGAAAUAAACUGUGAAGUGACAUCACCAAGAGUAUAAAACCCCCUUAAAGUGAAUUUCGCUUGCUGACAGCUUCGGCAACUGCAAGUUUUGCCACAUGCCUGACCUCUUCGGCAGACAAAAAUUCAAAGGAUGCUGGAAUAUAAGACAUAAUCACUUCGGCAGAUUUCGAGUUGAAGUUCACGAACGCUUAUGGAAUUUUAUGACUCCAAGCUAAGAGUUCAGCGUCUUGAGAAUGGCGAUCGGCUCAGAUAGUGUUGAGCUAAAUUUACUGACAGAAAUCACUACCGGGUUUCAUCAAGACCAGAACCUGAGCGGAGGGAUGCAGAUGUUGCGGGGGAGGAGCAUUCAGAAGGCGACGUGCGUGGCGCCGACCACGGUCAGAUUUCGGAACUCUGAAGCGGGUUAUAUUCCAUCUGGCUCCUGCAGACCAGGGAAUGACUGAAGUGCACAUGGAUGAACACAACAAUCCAUUGGCGAGGAACAGUGAGCUCGUCGGAACUGUUUGAUUGCAGCUGACCGACGUGGGUAUUGUCCAUGAUCCAUGCUUCUUCUGAGGAACUUCUGGGACAUGGACAUCUGCACACAGUCAACAGCGUUGGAGCCACAAAUAGGAAUGAAUUGUUAUUUGAGGAGCUUUCCCAAGCCAGGAAGCAUUUUCAGCAUCAGCUCAGUGAAGUAUCUUUUGCAGUGACCCAUCAUUGUUUCAUGCAUAACAGGAGAUAACACCGCCACAGUCAAGAGUUCUCAAUCUACCUUUUGUUCAGUAGCCUCCAAUUCUCUCUCUGGUGCCAGUUGUGGCGAAGAAUGUUUCGUAGGGUAGUUCUGCUUUUGGAUCUCAUGACUUGAGGCGAACUAGAAACUUCUAAGAAAUGUACAGAAGUGUGGGUUGUACAGGAGCAAGAGAGUGGCGAUCCUGGAAUUAGGUUUGUGUAAAUUGUGCUUGGAGUGUGGUUAAGAAUUUCAUAUUUUGUGGAGAGAUGUAAGUCACGCGGAGAGGCGUUUUAGUGCGUACGAAGAGGAGUAGAACCCUCAAGUCCAAUUCUAGGAUCUCACAGAGUGGACGAAGGUGUUCAUUUGAUUCUUGCCUGCUGAGUUUUAGAUGUGCCGGAUGUGCCGGAUCAUUCUCCAAUCUCCCAUUUUUUACAAUCAUACGAUUGAUUGUUGAGACGAUUGGAGAAUGUGAAGGGUGCGAAUGCAGAGCUAGCUUUGUAUUGGAGUGUGUGGGUCCAAUCUUGGUGAUUCUAAAAGUGACCUAGUGAGAAGGAAAAAGUCGACGCAGCGCAUUAUUGAAUUAUUGGCGAGUUAGGGUUUCUCGGAGUUUGUUACUUCAAUUGUAUGGUGCAAGGCGACCACAGCAGAUAUCUGCUUACCCUGGUGGAGCGCAUUCUUCUCCAAGCCUUCAGUAUACGGGAAGGCAUUGGAGGAAGACUGAAAUGCUCUCCUCUACCGACAUGGCUGAUCCAUCAAGUCGUGAAGUAAGCACCUCAGGCACGGCAGCUUACAUAGAACACACCGUUAGUAGGCUUGAUACUCUGGCUGGCAUUGCCAUCAAAUAUGGCGUUGAGGUUGCAGAAAUUAAGCGUUUCAAUGGGCUCACCACAGACUUGCAAAUGUUUGCACUUAAGACAUUGCGGAUACCAACACCAGGGAGACAUCCACCUUCAGCUGCGUUCACCGGGCCCACUCAGUCGAGAUGCAAGGAAAAGUUUGCACCCAAUGCUGGUCUGGAUCGUGAUGGCAGCCAGGAUUUAAGUCUUCUAAGCACUGUUGAGCAGAAGGCAAAGAAGAAGGCAUACGAUACACCGACGAUGGAUGUGUUGAGGAAUUAUUAUGAUUUGCCUUCUACGUCAACAGGUGUGAUGGACGGUUUAGAAAUGGCCACUUUUAGUUCUGGCAACGAGACUGACCUGGACGAUGAAGUAUUUCUGCUCAUGUUUCGCCCACCAAAUGCCACUGAUUCUCGGAGAUACUCCACUGGGGAUUACAGGCCUAACAGAUGUGGCUACGUACGAGACUCGUGUAGGAACCUACUCGACUCCUGUUGGUCUGCUCAUGCGCCUAAAUUGACAGAGUCCACCCGCCUUCUGAAGCCUGGUAAAAACCUAGUAAGAGAAGGAGAUUCACUUACCCAGGAAAGACCUAUCAGAAGGCGAACUAGAGGUGAGUUAGGCAGUGAUGAUACAGCUGACGUCAAUGAAAGACUCAAUUACUCAAAGAGAGAUUCUGCGACCAGACCAAAAGAUUCCAACACUGUUUCUCCUUAUGCACGUUUUGUAAAUCCUUCAAUUGAUUGGCACAACGCUAAUGAAGAGCCUUUUGGGUCAAGCAGCAUCAAGACCAUCAGGGCUGCUCUUGUGGGAGGGAAGGAGGUCGUUGAGGGUCUUCUCUCCAAGGUAAUUCAAACAUCAGGUCCGACUGCAUCACAAGAAGGUGGCAGAUCUUUAUCCGAAAGGGUUCCCUCAACAGGAUCAUUCAGUGUAUUGGAAGGUAUUACAUCAGUGUACCGUCAAGCAAAAGCUGCCUUAGAUUAGAUUGCUGCUAGGUGACUUGAUCCUGUUGCCGGAAGGGGGUCUAAUUUUCCAAAUUUUGGAACCCCCAGCUUGCAAGCAAAGACUGAGUUAUGUUUGCGGAUACGAGGGAAUCGUAUUCAACUUCAGAUUAGAGAGUGAGAUCAUUUCGAAUUCUUUGGCGCAGAUGUAUCCCCUCAAUGUAGAGAAUAAGGUCCUCUGCGCUUUUUUCUUUUUGCUUGUAAAUUUUACCGUUCACUUACACGAUUUAGGCUGUAAGCUGUGAAUCCGCUUCAUUAGCUUACUAGUCUAUUUGGUGGAACAAUCAUACAAUAAACUGUUUAGCGGAAUAUUAUGGAAUAACCAUAUUUUGUGCAUUUCACUUAA